AUGAAGCGCUCCCCUCCUUUGAACCCCGCACACACUCUUAUCCCGCUGAGGUACUUGGACCUGCGUUGUGCCCAGGUGGUGGCGCUGUCCAGUGGCACUAAAUGCAUCAGUGGAGAGUGUCUGAGUGACCAGGGCCAGGUGCUGAACGACAGCCACGCGGAAGUCACCGUGAGGCGGGCGCUGGUGCGGUUCCUCUACGCACAACUGGAGCUCUUCCUCAGUAAGCGUGUGGAGGACUGGGAGGAGUCUAUCUUCACUCGGCACAGAGAGAGCAGCUUCAGGCUAAAGGAGAACGUUCACUUCCACAUGUACAUCAGCACCUCGCCGUGCGGAGACGCCAGGGUCCACUCGCCGUACGAAGUCUCCAGUGACUUGCACAGCAGCAGACACUGGGUCAGGAAGCAGCGCAGUCACCUCCGCUCAAAGAUGGAGUCUGGAGAAGGGACGGUCCCAGUGCGGAGCCGAGGUCCGGUCCAGACCUGGGACGGGGUUCUUCAGGGAGAGCAGCUCAUCACCAUGUCCUGCACCGACAAGAUCACCAGGUGGAACGUCCUCGGGGUCCAGGGGGCGCUGUUGAGUCACUUUGUGGAGCCCAUAUACCUACACAGUGUGACGGUGGGCAGCCUGCGUCACACCGGUCACCUGGGGAGAGUGUUGAACCAGAGACAGGAGCGAAUGGGACCUCUGCCUCCCUCCUACCGCAGACACCAGCCUCUGCUCAGCGGCCUGAGUGGAGCAGAGGUGCAGCCCCAGGGGAAGGCCUCGUGUGUGGGGCUGAACUGGAGCGACGGAGACCUGCAGCUGGAGGUGGUGGACACGUGGACGGGACGCAGGAGGGACUCAGGGCCUUCACGCCUCUGCAAGCACGCCCUGUUCACCCGCUGGAGCCGUCUGCAACGCAAGCUGGGUCUGGCUCUGGACGUCUCUGAGGACCAGCCGCUGAUGUACAGUGAGGCCAAACUGUCGUCGCGUCUUUACCAAACGGUGAAGCAGCAGUGGGUGCGGGCGCUGCAGGACUGCGGCCUGGGAACACAGUUGAGGACCCCAGGGAGCCCGCGGAGGAGUGGAUCCACGGGGGACAAGAGGAGGAGAGCGUCCGGACUCGUUCAGCGCAGACACGUACGGAGAAAUAUAGAGUUCAAAUACAGGAAAGAGAGGCGCAAUUAUAGAGAUGUCAGUGAGACGAGAGAGACGUCACUCACGACCAGACGCCUGCUGCCUCUGGGUGCUCUAGGGUGUGUUCUCUGUGUGCUCAGGGUGUGCUCUCUGUGUGCUCUGGGUGUGCUCUGGGUGUGCUCUAGGUGUGCUCUGGGUGUGCUCUGGGUGUGCUCUGGGUGUGCUCUGGGUGUGCUCUGGGUGUGCUCUGGGUGUGCUCGGGGUGUGCUCAGGGUGUGCUCUCUGUGUGCUCUGGGUGUGCUCUGGGUGUGCUCUAGGUGUGCUCUGGGUGUGCUCUGGGUGUGCUCUGGGUGUGCUCUAGGUGUGCUCUGGGUGUGCUCUCUGUGUGCUCUGGGUGUGCUCUCUGUGUGCUCUGUGUGUGCUCUGGGUGUGCUCUGGGUGUGCUCUGGGUGUGCUCUCUGUGUGCUCUGGGUGUGCUCUAGGUGUGCUCUGGGUGUGCUCUCUGUGUGCUCUGGGUGUGCUCUGGGUGUGCUCUCUGUGUGCUCUCUGUGUGCUCUGGGGAAUCUGACCUGA